UCAGGUCAGGACACCUUGGACGAACCAGUUACAGUGACCAUUAUGCGCGAUUUGAAAAAGGUGGGCAAUAAGUUAUUACAAGUUUUGCAUCCAAAGGGCGAUCGACACGUACUCAGAGAUUGGGAUCUUUGGGGCCCACUCAUCCUAUGCCUUACAUUAGCCAUUGUAUUAAGUAUAAGAGCUCCUGAACAUCAAGCCGUACCUAUUUUUACGGGAGUUUUUGUGAUAGUAUGGAUAGGUGCUGCUGUAGUCACCUUGAAUGCCAAAAUGCUCGGCGGCGCUGUCAGUUUCUUUCAAUCCGUCUGUGUGAUGGGCUAUUGUUUAUUCCCUAUUGUGGUGGCAGCGAUUGUUGCAACGUGUAUCGAUUAUAUUUGGGUACGAGUACCUGUGUCUAUUGUGACAUUUGUUUGGUCGACUUGGGCAUCCGUUGCCUUUAUGUCAGAAUCGCAGAUUCAUCUACAAAAUAGACGUGCAUUGGCGGUCUAUCCACUUGUUUUGUUUUAUUUCGUGAUAACGUGGUUAGUUGUCAUU